AUGAGUUUAAUGGAAGAAGAUACCUGUAGUUUGUCCGAUUCCUCGAACGAAGAAGACGACGACAUCGAAUCGCAACUCGUGAAGAAGUCGAGCGAAUUAGAAAGCGAAUUAUCAGCCAAUAAGUACCUAUACGAUGUGCACAUCGAAGUUAUAAACGUGUACAGAAAACUGUCUGAUUUGAAUUCCCUACGAGAGGCUUAUCAACGCUUCCACAAAUACUUCCCGUUGACCCCUCAGUUAUGGCUGGAUUGGAUUCGGGACGAAAUCCGAAUAGCCCACACACCAGAAGAGCGCCGAACCGUCCUAAGCUUGUUCGAAGAAGCAGUUGAAGAUUAUCUUUGCGUUGAUUUAUGGAUUGAAUACGCGCAAUUCUCCCUCACGCUCGGCGACUUGGAAACCACUCGGAGCAUCAUCGAGAAGGGUCUAACGUACGGUGGGUUACACGCAAGCAAGGGCGGGCUUCUCUGGGACACCCUACGAGAAGUGGAAAAUGCACACGCUUCCCUCCAUCCAAAAGACUCCGUAGAAUGGGCAAAUCAAUUGAAAAGAGUAGCGGAGGUGUUCAAACGGCAACUCUCCGUUCCCUUGUUGAACAUGGAGAACACCUACGAGGAAUGGCGCGAGUGGUCGCAAACGUUACCCGAUAACCUGAUCGAUCCCGAGCAAAUCGAAUGGGGCUACAAAAAGGCGUUGCAAUUACUCGAAACAUACAAGCCGUUCGAAGAUAGAUUAGAUGAAUUAUCGUCCGCAGAUGCGGUGGAAUUGCAGAACGUUUACAAGGAGUAUAUAAAAGCUGUUAAGGACCCUUCGACUGUGAUUUGUUUGUACGAACGAGCUGUAGUCUCGUUGUGCCUCACUCCGAGCAUAUGGGAGGAUUAUAUUAAAGUCGCUUUUAAAAUGGAGGAGGUCGCUUUGAGGGUGUCGAAGAAGGCCCUGCGGAACUGCCCUUGGAGUGAAGACUUGUGGAUCAUUCGAUUACAAAUUUUAGAGAAUUAUAAGGCAGACGAGGCGGAAAUAGUAUCGUGCUUCGAAGAAGGUUUGACGAGUAUAAACCCGUCGCCGCCGUUGGAAUUCUGGUGCUCUUUCUUGGAGUAUUAUUGCAGGAAUUGCCGCGAUCAACCGAAAGUAGAUAAAUUAUUCUCUAAAGCUUUAGAGCAUGUACAAACUGUAGAUCCUUCGUGGAAAUUGAGCAGAUGGUAUGCACGAUUAUUGGCUAGCAGAGGAGACCUAGCAGAAGCCCGGAAGAUUUGGAGUGAUAUUUUGAGCGAUCCCAACAUGAAAGCUUCCCCUAAUGCUUGGUUGGAAUUUACCAAUAUCGAAAGGCAAUACGGCGAAAUUCACAAGGCUAGAAGUGUUUUUAAAAGAGCGCUGUCUGCCUGCAAGGAUUGGGCCCAUUUUAUAGGAGAAGAGUGGAUGUUGUUUGAACGCCAAAUUGGUUCUUUAGAAGACGUUAUGAAAUGUUCGGAGCAGCUCAAAAAGAUCCCUCGAGGCUCUCAAGUGGCUACAGAAAGUGAUACGGGGCAUAGAAGUGGAAAUUUCAAAAGGAAACACGAAACUACCAACGGCGAGUUUAAUUCUAACGGUACUCCUACCUUCAAGAAACCGAGAGUAGAAAAAGAGAAAGCGCCCGUUGUUGUCAAUAAACCCAUCGAAAAAGACCCUAAAUGUACAGUGUUCGUAAGCAACUUGCAUCCCAAGGUGACGGAGCCGCAACUAAAACAGCUCUUCCCGAACGCUUUACUAGUAAGCUUGGUGGUUGAUAAAAAGGGAAAAUCCAGGUGCUUCGGGUACAUCCAUUUUUCCAAAGAAGAAGAAGCUCUAACAGCCUUAGCACGAGACAGAACUCCAAUAGACGGUCGACCUGUCUUUAUAUCUGAACUGAAAUCCGAUAAAUUGGAGACCAAGAAAGAGUUCAAAUACUCCACAAACACCGAAGAAAAUAAACUCUUCGUCAAAGGCCUUCCCGUGACGAAAACGAAGGAGGACGUUGAAGAAAUUUUCAAGAAAUUCAAUCCGGUAGAAGUUCGGUUGAUUUUCAAAAAGAACGGCCAGUCGAAAGGUAUAGCUUACGUCGAAUUCGAGACCAAAGAAGAGGCUCGCAGGGCGUUGGAAGCGCUAAAUUCGACGCGUAUAGACGACUGCGAAUUGUUUGUGGCCAUCAGCGAUCCUCCGAAGCCGUCGCAAAAGAAGCCCGAUGAGACCCUGGAGCCCAUCAGGCAUUCGAGGAGCAGAUUGCAAGUACCUCUGAUGGUUCCGAGGACGGUUCAAAUCAAAAAUAUUUCGGAAAAACCGACGCAAAACGAUGAUUCGCCGGCGAAAGUUAAAAAGAGCAACGCGGAUUUUAGAAAUAUGCUUCUCAAUUCUUAA